AUGCCUGAGUACGUGAAACAAGUCACGGUCACCGGGGACAUCUCCCGCAUUGGCACUAACGUUUGUUUCUUCUUCUAUAUACUUUUUCUUUCAAAGGAAAAUUUACGUUCCCGAAUCACAGGACGAUUUGCUGCGCAAGUGGUGCGCGGAGGUGGCACAAGAGAUCUUCGAGCAGAAAUGUGAAUUCGCCGUCGUUCACGUCCAGGGUCUCCAUGCCGCCGAGGAUCCAGACUACGCGGCCCGUGUCAUCUGCGGAAGGUCCUUUUUGAAAUAGGACUCUUAAUUUCCUUUUUUAUGAAGCUUCUAUCACUCAAUCUCAAGAUAAGCAAGGUCCGAUCUAUUUUGCAGUAUCGAGGCUGUUUGAUUCUACUUUUAAAAACACCAUGAUCAUAAUAAUCACGAGUUCAAACUUCAAGUGUUGUAAAGUGCAGGCCAAAAAAAAAUCUCGAAAAGAAAGAAAUUGCUUGAAACUUCUUAAGUUGAAAGUUGCGGUAUAAAUGGAACUUUGUCAAAAAAAAAUACUCUCGUGGGUUCAGUGGACGAUUUUCAUAGUUCAAAGGUUUUCUCGACACAUUUAUCGAAAUAACCUAGAGAGUGAACUUAGAUUUUAAAACUAACCCAAAACAAAAGCAGAUACUUUCAGCAUCACGGACAACCCUCAAAUCUACAAAAUCUUCGACUCAUCGCGUGCAUUUUUUGACACAAAGCUGACGGUGAGAUACAAUUUUCAUAACCUUCCAUUUUUCGAUCAUUUCAGGGAUUAGGUAAUCUUUACCUGUUCCGCGAUCACAACGAGGUCCAGUUCUACGAUCGAUUCUCCAACACUGGUUACCAACCUGUUCGCCAGACACACUGCCAUUGCAUCGGUUCGUCUCAGAUCAAACAAAAACCCCCUAAAAAAACUUAUUUCUUUCCUAACAAAAUUUCGAACUUACGUCAUUGCCUUCAGGAGAUAAAGAGUGCGACGGGUUCAUUCAGAACACAUUCAACCAACAGUACGCUUUUCGCAGAGAUUUUUAUGUUAGCUUUUGAAAUAAUUGGCCGUUUCAAAAAAUUUUGUUCAGAGGGAUGAUGGUGUGAGAGACUUGUCGAAUCAAAGGACAGGAUUUCUUCUCGCAAGGUUAUUCUUUUUUUAUCGCCCAAAAAUAUUAACUUUCAGAUUUCGAGUGCACGGGAAAGAAAUGACAUUUGUCAACGUUAACCUACACUCGGUUCCCUUUGAAGUGAGCCAAUACUCUGAAUUGCCUUUAAAAUCGUUUCUAGGACGUUAAUGAGAUUGCCGAACAGAAAGCCGUGACUAAGGCUGCGGCGAAACGCGAAGAACAAAUAAAUGUCCUCAUCCAAGAGUAAGUCCGCCUCUUUCUGGACUGCUGCCGUUCAUCAUCUUGAGAUUUGCAGGCUGGAGGCGGAAGGCCUUCGGAACGACGCCGUUCUGGUCGCCGGAUCAUUCAACGCACAGUUACACGAGACUGACCUGCUCAACUACCUGGCCAAGACACAGCUCGUGUCGACGGUCGCCAAGAAAGACGAACACGGAAACGUCGCCUCUAUCGAGCACUACGACAGACAAGGACGAGUGAGUUUUUCUCAGCAGUGUAAAAAUCAAAAGAUGGACUAUGUAGCCGACGACGACAGUAGAGAAAACGCGAUUCGACCUGCAUUCUAUUCACGACUGGUUCUUCAGACUGGGUCGUGGACAAAUGGUCAAGAGGUAACACAUCGUAUCACUUCCACCGAUUAUUUUUCAUGUAGGUACAAUGGCGAGCUGGCUAAUGUUUCUUUCAAAGGGAAUCUACUGGAAGAAAGUGUCUUUUUCCAGGUGAUUCCACAGACUUCUUCUUGAAUAAAAAAGAAAAACUUCAGCCUUCACGACACUACGAGUUGAACGAAAGUGGAAAAGAGGAGUUCCAGAGAAAACUUUGUCCCGCUUGGAGUGACCGGAUACUGUACAACGAAAACAUGAACGCCCUCUUCAGACACGUAAGAAUGAGUGCUUCUGAAAUUAAGAUCUCGAAAAAACCAAAGAAAAUUUACAACUAGAACGUGAUCAAGAUUUCUAAGAAGAAAAAGAUAAUAAGUAAAUGAUUUCUAGGACUCUUUCUGCGCCUCAGGUCUCUACUAUGGAAUCGUCGCAGAAAACGCUCACGUUGGACCCCACAAGCCGGUUUCUCUCCAUGCUACUAUAUGCCUCAAGUGA